AUGGGAGUAGUGGGAGUAAUGGGAGGUGGACUGGUCAGGGGAAGAAUGGACAGUUAUUCAUCUGAAGCAAGGAGAGCCAAGCAUGGGGCAAGGAAUGAGAGUGGGGAGAGUUUGUUGGAGUUUGCGCUAGCAAAAGAAUUGGUUAUAGAAAACUCGAUCUUUAGAAAGAAAGAUGAGCAUUUGAUCACAUAUAAGAGCGGUGACCAUGAAAUCCAAGUUGACUAUUUCUUAGUGCGCAAGGGAGAUCGAGCGUCAUGCUUGGAUUGUAAGGUGGUGUUGGGUACAGAGAUGCCCACCCAACACAGGCUUUUAGUACUGUAUUUCAGGAUGAGGAAGAAAAUCGUAGAGAAGAAGGUUACAACCCUGUUAAGCAAGAUAAGUUUAUUGGGCUUCCCAAGUCAGUCAGAGGAUGCGAAUGAAAUGUGGGUGAACAUGGCAAAAACCAUUAGAAAUGUGGCAAAAGAGACCUUGGGAGUGUCGUCGGGUGAACCAAAAGUGUUCAAAGAGUCGUGGUGA